AUGGAGCUGGGGUCAUCCUCAGGCAGAACGGUGCACAUUACUGUGACAAAUGGAUAUGAUUUGAAAGGCUUCAAGGGAGACACAUCAGUUACUUUUGUCCGUGCAGAAUUCAAUCAGAUAGUUCUCGGCGACUCCUCAAAAAUCACGGUCUCUCCGGAAGGAACUGCAAAGUACAACUUUACUUGCAGCUUUGAGCUCAGCCCAGACGGAGGAACCACGUUAGAUGACCUUGCCCAUAAACUUUUAUUCUUAACUGUGACAGAACUUUUACCAAAGGAAAAGAAACAGAAAGAUGAGAAGACCUCAAUUCUUGGCCAAGCUGUGGUGGAUCUUCUUCCUUUACUAGAAGGAGAAGACUCAUUUGAAACAACGGUCCCAUUACACCCUGUGCAGGGGUCGCCCUUGGAGACUCCUUCACCAGGCUCUAAGCAGUGCAGUCUCGAUGUGAAGGUAUUUGUGGCAGAGCCCUUACUGACCCCAGCACAGGUCUCAGCAAGCAAUCUACUGAAGGUCACACUAGAAGCCGCCUAUUCUGUGCCUGAGUCUUUCAUUCCUGUGGGGCCUCAGUAUAACUACGUUGUUGGUCUACAAGUUCCAUCAGUUGGAGAGAAGGACUACCCUAUGGUUUUCAAGAAUGGAAAUAUGAAGCUUGGAGGGGAAAGAGAGCCUGUUCCCCGGCCUAAAAAAUGGCCUAUUGCUAACAUUCUUGCUCCAGGAGCUAACAACAUCCCUGAUGCAUUCAUUGUGGGUGGUCCCUAUGAGGAAGAAGAAGGAGAGCUCAACCACCCUGAGGACAGGGAGUUUAGGAACCAAGCAGAAUGCAUAAAGAAAAGGAUUGUCUGGGACUUGGAAAGCCGCUGCUACCUCGAUCCUUCUGCAGUUGCAAGUUUCCAGAAGCGAAUUGCUGAUUGCCGGCUCUGGCCCGUGGAGAUCACAAGAGUACCUUUGGUUGCUGUACAGAAAGGAAAAGCAGGCAAACUUGAGAAGACUGAUGAUGAGAACCAGCUUUCCUUUCAUGGUGUGGCUUAUGUCAACAUGGUCCCACUCCUAUAUCCAGGAGUGAAGAGGAUAAGAGGAGCUUUCCAUGUGUUUCCCUACCUGGAUGGGACAGUCUUUGAAAAGACCAAAUGCUUGUUCAGCUUAUUCAGGGACACUGGGCACCAUAUAGUUCACAAUAAUAAAGCAGGAGGACUUAACUCUCCAUUGUCUAAGCCUUUUUCCAAGAACCUGAAAGAAGAGAAACCAAUGAAGGACAAGGAUAUAGAUGGACGGAUUCGGCCUGCAGAUUUGCAAGCGCCUAGUAUAAAAUCCCAGAGCUCAGAUACCCCUUUGGAAGGUGAAACCACCCUGAGCCACAAUCUAGAAGGACAGCAAUAUUUAGAAGCGGGGACAUACAUUGUCUUGGAGAUCCAGCUGGACAAAGCCUUGGUUCCAAAGCGGAUGCCAGAGGAACUGGCCAGAAGGGUCAAGGAAAUGAUACCCCCAAGGCCACCUCUCACCCGCAGGACAGGAGGAGCUCAGAAGGCGCUGAGUGACUACCACACACAGAUAAAGAGCAUCUCCAGAGCCAUCCUGGAUGAGUAUCACCAAAUGUUUGGAAAGCAGGUGGCUAAAGAGGGGAGUGACAUAGACAGCGAGUCCUUGGAGGAGCAGAAGUGCCAGCUCAAUUACGAGCUCAAUUGCUCUGGAAAGUACUUCGCUUUCAAAGAACAGCUCAAGCAUGCUGUGGUAAAGAUUGUGAGAGAAAAAUACUUGAAGACAACAGCAUUUGAAAGCCAGGAGGAGCUGCAGACAUUUAUCAGUGAGCUUUAUGUGUUCUUGAUAGAUCAAAUGCAUGUGGCUCUGAACCAGUCCAUGCCAGAUGACAUCCAAGGCCCUAUCCCAACAAUUGAAAUAAGCACGGAACAGCUUCGACUCUUCGCAUUUGAGGCAGAAGUCAAUGAGAACUUUGAAAUGGCAGCAGUAUAUUAUGAAGAGAGGUUGGUCCGAGAGCCCCAGAACCUGGAUCACUGGCUGGAUUACGGUGCCUUCUGCCUCCUUAUUGAAGACAACAUCAAAGCACAGGAGUGUUUCCGGAAAGCCCUUUCCCUGAAUGAGAAUCAUAUUCACAGCUUGUUGCUGUGUGGCGUCAUGGCUGUCAUGAUGGAGAACUAUGAGCAAGCAGAAAUUUUCUUUGAGGAUGCUACAUGCUUGGAACCUACCAAUGUUAUUGCCUGGACUUUACUCGGGUUGUUCUAUGAAAUUCAAAAUAAUGAUAUUCGAAUGGAAAUGGCAUUUCAUGAGGCCUUCAAACAGCUUCAGGCACGACAUGUCCAAACAAAGCUAAAGAAAACUGCUACUAUAGAGAAUAUCGAUGAAGAAUUGAAACUAGAGCCCCAUUUUGGCUCCUGGGCAGCCAUCCAUGAGUCUAUCACAGCCAUGAAAGCAGAAGGCAUACCAGGGAUCAGACCCAGGAGCUCCCAGUUGAUGAAUGCUCACCCCAAUAUCGAGCUGCACCCCCCACCCCAAGGGCCAAGCACUGUGCUGUCCAGUCUAGAGGAGCUUACUGAAGAAUCUUCGAAGGCACAAUCUGAAUUACAAGAUCCAAUAGUGACUUUACAACCUCAGGAGUCUUCUCUUGCCCAGAAACCAUCCAAUGUGCUAUUAAAGGAGCUAGUAGCAAAAAAAGAAACAUCAAAAUGUCAAGAUUCAUCACCCUUUUAUCAAUAUACCCCUCAUAUUAUCACCCAACCUCCUGCCACAAUCUUCAUGGAGACCAUUCGCUUCUUGAUGAAGGUCAACGCUGUACAGUUUGUGCACAGAGUGCUGGCACAUGAGCUGCUCUGCCCUCAAGGUGGACCCAGUUGUGAAUAUUAUUUGGUUCUGGCCCAGACACACCUUCUCAAGAAGGACUUUGCCAAGACAGAGGAGUAUCUCCAACAAGCAGCCCAGAUGGACUAUCUGAACCCUAAUGUUUGGGGUGUGAAGGGCCAUCUCUAUUUUCUAAGUGGAAAUCAUGCUGAGGCCAAGGCGUGCUAUGAGCGAACUGUUAGUUUUGUAGUUGAUGCUGCUGAGAUGCACUUCAUCUUCCUACGGCUGGGCCACAUCUACCUGGAAGAGAAAGAGUAUGAAAAGGCAAAGAGUACCUAUAUGCAAGCCUGUAAGAGAGCGCCUUCAUGCCUUACCUGGCUAGGACUAGGAAUUGCUUGUUACCGGCUGGAGGAGCUCACCGAGGCUGAGGAUGCUCUCUCUGAAGCCAACGCAUUGAAUAACUACAAUGCUGAGGUGUGGGCCUAUCUGGCUCUGGUCUGCCUGAAAGUUGGACGACAACUGGAAGCUGAGCAAGCCUACAAGUAUACAGUAAAGCUGAAACUGAAAAAUGAGGCUCUGCUUGCAGAAAUCCACAGCGUACAGGAAAUGGUUGGUUUUGGAGAUCCAUCAUUCUGACAUCCAUACAACUGGAUAUUUAAUAUGGGACCCCAAGCAUCU